AGCAUCACGCAGUCCGUCACCUGAAGUGAUCCAGAUCAGACGCAGCCAUGAAGACACUCUGCGUUGUCCUCGUUUUGGUGCUCGCUGGUGCUGCAUCAGGGGCCAUUGAGAAGAGGGUUAUCGGGGGUAAGUCCUGUGGCACGGACAGGCAGUACCAUGUGGAGAUCGAGACUGUCCAGGGGGGCAACUUGUGUGGAGGCUCACUUCUCAACACCCGCUGGGUCAUCACUGCUUCUCACUGCGCGCAACAGCUUGUGACUCUGAAGCUUGGCUUAAACGUGGAAAAGUCGUUUUUUUCAAAAUUUAAGUCUUUCUUCAAAUCGUCACCCAAAGAAAACAAGCAAGACAUUAAAACCGCCCAACAGUUUACCUUCAAAGAUGAGGAAGAGCGGUCCCACGACAUCAUGCUCAUAAAACUGAAUGAGGAUGUGUCUCCUAAACUCCCCCAAAUCAAGCUUCCUCCUGUUGGGUGCACCAGACCAGAGCCGAGUCAGCAGGUCGAGAUUGGAGGCUGGGGAGCCAGGAAGGCCGACAUCAAAAGCAAAAAGCCACGGCACUUGGGGUGUGCCAGCACAAAUAUUAUCGCAUGUACUGAUAACGACAAACCUGACAGCAAAUACCACAGUGAUGAAGCUACCACCAUGUGUGCCUUUAAGCCCGGCGUGGACAUCUGCUUUGGCGAUCCCGGCUCAGCUGUGGAGUACAACAGUCUCUUAUAUGGGAUUAUUGUCAACAACCCUGUAGAUGAUUGUGACAAGAGGACUGUCAUGCUGGAUAUCUGUCACUACAGGGAGUGGAUUGAUAAAACCAUGCAGGAAAAUUCCUGAGUAAACCUCCUCAGGUUAAUACAGAGAUCACAAAUGUACUUUAAGUAUCUCAUGUUUUUUUCACUUUUAAUCACAAUCACCUGCCUUGUUAACUUAAUUUCACGUUAAAGAUGCAAACAUAAGCAUUCAGUUCCAAUAUGGUUGCACUGGUUUUGCACUUUACACUGGAUAAGUUAAAAAAAAGUUUUUUCACUCAGGAAAGCAAAGCAAAUUAUAAUCAAGUGCAUGUUGGACCAAUGUGUUAUUUAGAUCGCUCUCUUUGAAAAAUAUGAUUGUGGGCUCUAUUUAAAUUUAAAUGAAUGAAUAAAAAGAUGUGAUCUCCCAGA